AUGGAGAUCGAGGGAGACCAGGAACUGUCGAGCGGCCGCAAGGCAAAGGCCGCGCGCACAGAGAAGCUCCCCCCCGCCGUCGAGGGAAGGGCCGAGCCCGAGGGCCUGUCAAGCCCGUCGGCCCCGGACAAGGUCAAGGCGCUGUUCACGGGCGCGGUCAUGACGCCCGAGCUCGCGCCGAAGUCCACCCUCCAUGAAGAAGGAAACCUGUGCCCGCAGUCGGGGCUCUCGCCCCCCGGGGUGAACAUGAACACGCCGUGGGCCUUGGCUGGAUUGCCCGGGUGGCCCUUGGCCGGCUCAGACGGGCCUGAGGGGCUGGGGGCUGAAGCGGGUUGCCCUUCAGCUGCUGGGUCGGGCCUUCCGGGCUGGAGUUCCCCCCGAAGCUAG